AGAUGGUAUGGUGGAGGAUGCUAGGGUAAACAGUGGGGAAGAGGAAGGCUAUUCAAAGAAAGAGCAAGAGAAGAAGUUGUCUCCUUUAUCAACUUUGGAAUCAUCCUUUGAGGCUCUUAAUGUCAAGAAGUUUGAUGUUGCAUUUGCGGUGGAUCCUCUGUAUCAUCAGACAUCAGCACAAUUUGAUGAAGGUGGGGCCAAGGGUCUCUUGUUGAAUAAUCUUGGAGUAUAUGGUGGCUGUCGGGUCCUCUUUGAUUCUCUGGAAGUGCCAGGGAAGUGCAUGUCAUGUGCAGUUCAGCAUGAUAGAGCAGAGGCAAUUGAUAUUUCUUUUGCCAAAGAAAGCAUUGAACAGAUGAUGCUGAACAUGCCUAAGAAGGAUGAAAUUUCACCCAGUCUUAGGGAGAUAGUAAAUCAAUUUGAUGAAGAUAGUCAACGACCGUUAGAUGCAUUUUCUUCUUGCCAGAAAUCAGCCGAGCAAGUUUGUGAAGCAUCUGACUAUAACACUGGGUUGGAUGGUGAUGCCUUUGAGAACUGUGGGACUUGGGCCUUUGAUCAUGAUGACCAAACAAGUGUGGUUGAUGAGGGAAAUUGUGACUUGGAUCCAACUAUUCCAAAUAAUCAUGAGCAGGACAAUGAAGGAUUUACUUUCCACGAACCUGAUGUGGAUGACAGAUUUGAUAAAGUUGAUGGCUAUUUGUUUUUAAGUUUGGGGUUUUCUUCAAAACAAAACAACUGGGCAGGUCCUGAUCAUUGGAAGUAUCAGAAAGCCAGAGAGGAGGCUUCCAAAGAAAAUGGAUCACCGUUAACUACUAAGAAACCGCUGAGCAGAAAACAAGGAGAACGUGAUAUUGAUUUUACAAAAGCCUUGGACAAUGAUACACCGGAUAUCUUUGCUCCUCCUAAGAAUCCCAAGUCACUACUACUGCCUGCAAAUAGAACACCUUGUAAUACAACACUUCCGGAAGAUUGCCAUUAUCAGCCAGAGGACCUUGUCAAGUUAUUUCUUCUUCCUAAUGUUAUGUGCCUUGGGAGGAGAGGAAGAAAAUCCUCAGAUGAAUCAAGUCAACAGAGAGAUGAUGAUGGACCAUUGCCAUCUUGGGAUGAUGGUGGGUUUGAUGGCCAAUACGAUGAUGAAAAUUCUUAUAGUAAUGUGGAGGAUUCAAGCACACUUGUCUCUCAGCCUCGUCAGGUAAAUAAGAUUGAAGUGCAGUAUGACAAAACGUCCAAACAAGUUGAUGUUCAGGCACUGAAAGAGACUCUAUGGAGCCAUAUACAAAAUUCAAACCAAAUGCUUGUCCAAGCGCAGGAAGAUACAGUAUCAUUUAGGGAUAUCUUGGCUACCUUUCCAAAUGACUGCAAAGCAGCUGCAUCACUUCAGGAUCUGUCUCCACAUUUAUGUUUUAUAUGCUUAUUGCAUCUCGCUAAUGAGCAUGGGCUGGGCAUAUGUGGUAGCGCCAACUUGGAUGAUCUCAAUGUACGCCUUCCACUUCAGUGCGACGUGCUUCAAGGUGCAGUCAUCUAAAGCUUCACCACGUAAUGCUACUUUUGCUUUGCUGUGGUGUGUAUUAAAUGUAACUUACUGGUGACAUGUUAGUCAAUAGGAAUCCAUUUGAAAUUAGCACAGUCAAACUUUUUGUUAUUAUGUAACUGUAUGAAUCGUGUGUAGAUUUGAUGCCAAGCAUUUAGUUAAUGCUCACUUUACAACCGGUGUUGGAAAUGAGUUUUGACAUGC